CUGACACGCCCCCAGGGCCCUCUCCGGGCGGGGGUCUCCUCCCUCUUCAGCCCUGGACCCAGCGUGGCGCGCUCCCCCCUGGGUGCCAUGGCCUCGCGGCUCCUACACCGGCUGCGACACGCCCUGGCCAGCGAUGGCCCCGGGGAGGCGGCGGCGGGCCCAGAAGCCGAGCAGUUCCCUGAGAGCUCAGAGCUGGAGGAUGAUGACGCCGAGGGCCUGUCCUCCCGCCUCAGUGGCACCCUCAGCUUCACCAGUGCCGAGGAUGACCCUGACGACGAAGACGAGGACGACGAGGCGGGCCUCGACUCGCCGCCCUCUGGAGACGGGGCAUCGGGAGAAGACGCAGAACGAAGUCCCCCACCUGAUGGACAACGGAGCAGUCAACUCCUGGCCCGCCAGCUGCAGGAUUUCUGGAAAAAGUCUCGGAACACCCUAGUUCCACAGAGGCUGCUCUUUGAGGUGACCAGCGCCAAUGUUGUCAAAGACCCUCCCUCCAAGUACGUGCUCUACACCCUCGCCGUGAUGGGCCCAGGGCCGCCAGAUCGCCAGGCAGCCCACAUCUCUCGCCGAUACUCGGACUUUGAGCGGCUGCACAGAAACCUGCAGCGGCAAUUCCGGGGCCCCAUGUCUGCCAUCUCCUUUCCCCGUAAGCGCCUGCGCCGGAACUUUACUGCAGAAACCAUUGCCCGGCGCAGCAGGGCCUUUGAACAGUUUUUGGGCCAUCUGCAGGCAGUGCCCGAGCUACGCCAAGCUCCGGACCUGCAGGACUUCUUUGUGCUGCCCGAGCUGCGGCGGGCGCAGAGCCUCACCUGCACUGGCCUUUAUCGUGAGGCUCUGGCACUGUGGGCCAACGCCUGGCAGCUGCAGACCCAGUUGGGCACCCCUUCUGGCCCAGACCGCCCCCUGUUGACUCUGGCUGGGUUGGCCGUGUGCCAUCAGGAGCUGGAGGAUCCCGGGGAAGCCCGAGCCUGCAGUGAGAAGGCCCUGCAGCUGUUGGGGGACAAGAGACCCCAUCCUUUCCUGGCACCCUUUCUUGAGGCCCAUGUCCGGCUCUCCUGGCGCCUGGGCCUGGACAAAAGGCAGUCAGAGGCCCAGCUUCAGGCCCUACAGGAAGCAGGCCUUACCCCUACCCCACCCCCCAGCCUCAAGGAGCUGCUCAUCAAAGAGGUGCUGGACUAACUUUCUCCUGUCUUAAGGCCAUGUCUUGGAGACGGGCUGCCCCAGGUUAGGGGGCAGGGGCUGAGGACACAGCAACUGGGAGCCCCAAUAGUAGUUCCAGAGUCUGCAGCAGACUGAGGGGAACCAGACAGGACCCUGAGCAGACUUUGUCUGGGGUUACCCUAGGAGGCCACCAGGAGGAAGUCUUGGCACAGGCUCUUCAGCUGGAGGCUGUGGCCAAGGUCAGAAUCAAUGUCUCUCUUCCCGUGGGCCUCUAAACCAGUGAAACAGCUUGGUGAAGCGCUGGGGACCGCUACUGGAGUCCUGGAAGUCAGAGGCACGGGGAGGGCUGUAGUUCUAUUAAAGGUCAGCUACUCCAGUGUUAGCAAUCUCUUUAUUGUAUGUAAGAGGCAGGAAGCCCAGUUCUCAACUGUGACUCCUGCCUCAGGAUGGCAGUGCAAAGAGUCCUUUUAGCCCCGGGCCGAGCCAGUUAUCUCUGACUAUAGCUUACUCUCGGACACCCGAGGCUUCAAUCGGAUCACACCCUCCUGGGCACAGGUCACAGCGAGGACCCCAUCCCGACGCCACAGCCGCCCAUGCACCAGCCCACGAGAGCCACCUGUAAGCAAGGAGAAGGGUGAGAUGGCCCCUGCUUCAGCACAAGCCUGCUUUGCCUACAAAGGACCUGGCAGCAGAGCUGCCCCCAUACAACCGCACACUGGAACAUCAUGAUUCCAAAGUGCCAAGUGCCCCUGUGUGAGCCUGUGUGAGUCGCUGGGGCGGGGGUGGGGUUAGAAGCACUUUCUAGUAUCUGCUCACUUCUCAAAAAGAUCACAGAGGGGCUCUGACAAGUCUCCAAAGGCUUGGCCAAGCAGACUGCCACAUCUCUGGCCACUUGUCAGAAUCCCAUUCUUUCCUUUCUGACACAUGAAGCCAAGUCCUUCCAGCUGGUAAUUCACCCACAGUGCCACAAGGGGGAGGGUGCACCUGAGAGGACAAAGUGUGUGGCCUCCUUUCUCUGCCUUUCCCUUGGUGGCUCUGAUCUAGUUUCCCUGGUCUAGUUAUCCUCAGGAGGCUAACUUCGGGUUUCCUCACACACAGCAGAGCCCACUGAGGUCUAGCUUUAGCCACAGGGUGUGAGCUUCACUCCCUGUCCUGUUUUCCAGACAAUGACACUAAAGUACAACCAGGCUCAGGAACUUGGCCCCGCGGAUCAGGCCAAAGCUGACUGAGUGUCCUAACUUCAAGGUCAUGAAUCUUGUGCAGCAAUGGUGUUUGUACUUGAGUAACCCUUUCCUGACUAUAAGGAGUUGCUUAAGUCUCAUCCGUUUAUAAAGCAAAGCUUUUCUUCCUUUGAAGUGUACUUCAUUAUAAAAGAAGCCAGGUUCUAACAG